AUGUAUAGUUUACUAUUUUAUUAUGCUGUUUUGUUGUCCUACGGAUAUGCUCAAUCAAACUUAGCAGGUGGCGGAAAAAGCAAUUAUACAUUUCCAAAAGAGUUCCUUUUUGGCGUUUCGACCGCAGCUAUUCAAAUAGAAGGAGCCUGGAAUGAAGACGGGAAAACGGAAAAUAUAUGGGACCACUUAGUGCGUACGAAUCCAAAUUUCACCAAAGAUGGUUCUACACCAGAUGUGGCAGCGGAUUCCUAUCAUUUAUAUAAAAGAGACGCUGAAAUGGUUCACGAACUCGGUGUAGACAUUUACAGAUUCUCCAUAUCUUGGCCUAGGAUAUUACCAAAUGGUUUAGCAAAUAAAAUAAAUCCGAGCGGCAUUCAGUAUUACAAGAAUUUAAUAAACGAGCUUGAGAAGUAUAAUAUAACUCCAAUGGUUACAAUUUAUCAUUGGGAUUUACCUCAAAAAUUGCAAGAUAUCGGCGGUUGGACGAAUGCACAUAUUGUUGACUAUUACACGGAUUACGCGAAUGUCUUAUUCGAAAACUUUGCAGAUAAAGUAAAAUACUGGGUAACGUUCAAUGAGCCGAUGCAGACGUGUUUAGAGGGCUACGGCAACACAUAUCGAGCGCCUGCUCUCAAUCGCCAUGGUAUUGCCGAAUAUCUUUGCACCCAUAAUUUAUUAAAGGCUCACGCAAGCGUCUAUCAUUUAUUUGCCCAACAGUAUCGUCCCCUGUACGGAGGUAAAAUUGGUAUGUCCCUAGACUCCAAUUGGGCUGAACCUAAAACAAAUUCUUCAAAGGAUCGCGAAGCAGUAGAGCGCUACCUACAAACUCAUCUCGGUUGGUACGCACACCCAGUGUAUUCAGAGGAAGGGAACUAUCCUCCAGAGCUGAUAAAACUAGUGGACGAGAAGAGUCGCCAACAAAAUUACACUCGAUCUCGUUUGCCAAAAUUCACAGAGGAUGAAAUUGCUUAUAUAAAGGGAACGGCUGAUUUCUUUGGCUUGAACCAUUACACAACUUAUUUGCUCAGUAUGGCUGAUGGAGAAGUUGGUGAUAUCCCCUCCCACGCUAAUGAUGUUGGUAUAGUGAGAGUGCAGGAUCCGAAUUGGCCUUCAAUGUCUUCGUCGUCAUGGCUUAAGGUUGUGCCGUUUGGAUUCCGUCGCCUUCUUAAAUGGAUAACGAAAACUUAUAAGAACGUGCCAAUAAUUGUAACUGAAAAUGGUUACGCUGAUUAUAGUGGAGUAAACGAUAAAGCGAGAGUGUCAUAUUAUUGCCAUUAUUUGAACUCACUCUUACACGCGAUACAUGAAGACCAUAGCAAUGUGCAAGGAUACUUUGCUUGGAGUUUGAUGGACAAUUGGGAGUGGGAUGAUGGAUAUGUGUCCCGCUUCGGUCUUUAUUUAGUUGAUUUCGAUAGUCCCAACAAGACGAGGACUCCAAAGGACUCGGCACGUCUCUAUUCGAAGGUCAUAUCCACCCGGGCUCUACCCGAGAAGUAUGACCCAGAAGACUUCACCGCGUUCUCCAGCGCCUCGACUCUCUUCCCCACAACACUUCUCUUACCCCUCUACAGGCUACUUAUA